AUGACUAGAGAUAUAGGAGUUUUAUACAGGAUUGUUUUUAAUAAUAUCUAUUUAUAUAGUAUUAUCAAAAAACAUUUAAGACUAUUUAAUUUUUUUUAUGGUACAAGAUAUUUUGGUUCUGUUAAAGAAUUUUAUCAGUUUAAAUUUAUUAAAUACCUUAGUUGUAUUACACUCGAUAUAAAAGAAACCUUUGAUCUAAAUCAAUUACCCCCAAAUAUUACAUCUAUAGAAAUAUUCAGUCCAUAUAAAAAAUGUAAUAUUAUACCAUUGACCAAAGAUUCAAGUUGGCUUCCUCAAAAUUUAACGAAACUAUCAAUUAUAUUUCCUAGAGGUACAGUUAUUGAGGACUAUGCAUUACCAAACACACUAAAAGAACUUUAUAUUGGGUUUGAAUUAGGGGAUAAAGAAAUCAAAAAGGAACUCAAAUCAAACUAUUUAACACACCUAACCAAUUUAGAGAAAUUUACCUUGGCCCAUAAUUUCUAUGAAGAAAAUCAAUUAUCAAAUGAUUUUCAAAUACCCGAAUCUGUGACUAAAUUAAAUCUAUUCUGUGAAAAGCUUCCAGAAUCUUUCAAGUAUCCCUCAAGGCUAGUUAAACUCAAAACACUAAAUUUAAAUUUUAUAAACUCUGAUGGGAUUUCAAUUUUACCCAAUUCCUGCACAAGUUUAGAUGUCGACUUUGAUAUAAAACUACAACCCAAUAUGUUUCCACCAAAUCUAGUCCACCUAACUAUGUAUCAUCCAGACUACCCAAAAUUUAAUAAUGGUGGAUAUCCUCUAAUAGAAGAAAAUAUAUUCCCAAAUACACUGACCUAUCUAAAAAUAGGUGGCAACUUUAAUCAAGAUAUUGGCAUUAAUGUAUUACCUCAUCAACUUAAGACUCUAAAAUUGGGAAAUGGAUAUAAAAAAAAAAUGAUAAAAGAAUCAAUACCCCCAACACUAGAAUAUUUUGAAAUAGGUUAUUCGUUAGGAUAUUUAGAACAGCCAAUCCUUUUAAACUGUAUUUUCAAUUGCUUUGACUAUUAUAAACAAUUCCAAUCAUCACCAACACUUUUAAAAUAUCUUGUUGUUAGAACACCUUACCGCUUAUCAGCAUCAGAUUUUACUGAAAUGCUAAAAGAUAAAACCAAUUUAGAGUAUUUAGAACUAGAUUUUUUAUUUAACUUGGAAAUUGAACAAACCAGUUUACCCCCAAACAAUAAAAUCAAAACUUUGGUAUUCAAUAAUUCAGACUAUACCAAAAUUUUAAAUUUAGAUUAUUUCCCAAAUUUACAAGUUUUAAUUUUAAAAAACAGAUCGAAUCCAAUAAUUACCACCUCGAAUAUUGACAACUUAAAUAUUACAAUAAAAAUUCCAGUAACCAAUACAAAAACUAUAAAUUCAAUCGAUCCUAUAUUUCACCGUUUUAUAAAAUUAACAAAAAAAGAAUAA